AUGUUCCAAGAAGACCAAGGCUCGGAGGAGUACGAAAGUGGUUCAGAUUCACCACGACCAGCAGAUCAAUUUGUAACUGUACGAAAAACGGAAAAGAUGGUGAAAACUCCAGAUGAAGGGCAGGAGGCUGCUCAACUACGAGAAGAGUUGGCCGCUAAAGUAGCUGAAAUUACACAGUUGCAGCAGCGCUUAGCACUGACUACCAGUAGCCAUGUGAGGGCGGUAGAUCGGCGGCCAGAUUUUCGAGAGUUACGUGAGCUAGUGAGUAAAUUCGAUCCGAAACAAGCCACGUGUCUUUCUGCAGAAGAGUGGAUAGAGGAGAUCGAGACCACUGCUGAACAUUACGGAUGGGACGGUCCGACUAAACUACAUUGUGCUCGUCUGAAUUUAGAAGGGUCCGCUAAGUUAUGGUGGACUGGUGUGCAAAAUGAAGUAGCUACAUGGGCACUGUUUUCGGCGAAGUUGACGAGAGCUAAUCCAUCGGAUCGUGAUCCAAUCUACUAUCACACGCAGAUGAACAAGCGUCGAAAGCUGAGAGAUGAGACAAUCGAGGAGUAUGUCUACUCUCAGGUGGCUUUGGGGAAAAGAGCUGGAUUUGAUGAAGGUGUGAUAGUAAAAUACGUGAUCGCUGGAUUGGGAGAGUUCGCGUCUAAAUCCCGAGUGCAUUUGGGUGGUCGAAUUGAGACUGUGGAAGAGUUAAUAUCGCAGUUGAAAUGGAUGGAGAGUAUGAACAGUACUCCGACAGAUCUGGUUGGAGUAUGUGUACCUGAAAGAAAGAAGGAGAAGGUGGUCGCGUGCUAUAGGUGUAGGCAGACGGGACAUAAAGCAAUAUCUUGUCCGACGGUUCCUGAGAGAUGCUGCUACAAUUGUGGUGUUAGUGGUCAUAUGGCGAAAAAUUGUCCGAAUCCGAAGCCGCCGAAGGCUGGACCAUCACGGAUGCAAGUAGUGGACGAAGAAAACAACUUCGUGCGAGUCGUGGAAUUGGGAGACAUGCAAUUGACUGCGCUCAUCGAUUCCGGGUGUAAAGUAUCCACGAUUCAAAGUCGAUUCGCGGAAAAAGUUGGCAAUAUCGAAACGACCAACACUACUCUAGUUGGCUUUGGGGGAAAGAAAGUUAAUGUGGAUCAAAUUGUAAGAACGGUAGUGAGACUCGAUGACAUUGAAGUGCCAGUGAAGCUGAACGUUGUUCCAAAUUGGGCUCAAAGCACGGCACUGAUUCUUGGUCGAGAUAUGCUAAAUACAGAUGGACUUAUAAUGGUGAACCGCAAAGGCAAGGUGGCGUUUCGCCUGGACCAGGAGCAACACACUGUUCAUGAGCAGAUGGUUGUGGAAGUACGGCCGAGGAAAUACGAGACAAUGUUCACUAUAGACAGUCAAGUACCACACUCGAAAAUAGGAGAAGAAGAGAUAAAUGCUGACGGGCCUAAGAAAGAAAUUCUGGUAUUAGUGAACCAAUUUCGAUCUUGCUUCGCGACGAACAUGCGAGAGCUAGGAGUCGCAAAAGGUACGAAGAUGAAGAUAGUAUUGAGUGAUAAGGAGCCAGUUUACAUCAAACCACAUCGCAUGGAGUACGCGCGAGAAACUGCUUUGCGCGGCAUAGUAGAAGAGUUGAUUGAUGCAGGUAUUGUCACCGAAUCGAACUCACCCUACAGUAGCCGAGUCGUGAUGGUGCCGAAAAAGGAUGGAACGUUUCGUAUGGCAGUCGAUUACCGACUGUUGAAUAAAAAGACAGUGAAAGACCGCUAUCCUAUGCCCGAUAUUGAGUGGUGUCUCAAUAAGCUCAGUGGGGCAGAAAUGUUUAUUACGGUGGAUCUUUAUUCUGUAUAUUACCAAAUUCCAGAAGCAGAGGACAGCCAAGAGUGUACCGCGUUUUCCACUCGUGACGGCCAUUACCAUUUUCUACGAAUGCGUUUGGAUUAG